GCUACCUGCUUCACACAACAAUCAAAGAUCUGCUAAGAAGAGCUAAAAUGGCUGAGCGUGCCGUCACAUUUCUUAUAGGAAAACUGGGCUCGCUAAUAUCUCAGGAAUCUAAUUUCCUUGGUGGAGUAGAAACACAAAUCGUGUCUCUUCAUGAUGAACUUGAGUGGAUUAAUUCCUUCCUAAGAGAUGCUGAUGAAAAGCGCAGAAGAUACAGAAGGGUGAACGUAUGGGUGAGCCAAGUCAGAAAUUUGGCAUAUGAUGCUGAAAAUAUUAUUGAUUUGUUCAUGCUUGAAGUCGUGCAACAACGGCAAAGAAAUAUCGUUCUGAGGUUUAUGGGUUAUCCCAAACAUCUUUUCACUCUACACAAGUUUGGAAAUCAAAUCGAAGACAUCAAAAGAAGGAUUGGAGAGAUUUCAGCUAACAAAUCCAAGUACGGGAUUGAAACUUUAGAAGCUGGAGGAACUUCGGCUCAUUUGAACGAUGGCUUAGCACGGAAGGUAAGGAAAGCUGCCAUGGAAGAUGAAAUUGAUGUUAUUGGCUUUGAGAAACAUAUUGAGGAACUAGCGAUUCUUCUGAAACAAGAAGAGUCCCGACAGCUUGUUGUUUCCAUAGUCGGUAUGGGUGGUAUAGGUAAAUCCACUCUGGUUAAAACAGUUUAUAAUAGGAGUGAUGUCAAGAACACUUUUGAUUCUUAUGCAUGGAUUUAUGUGUCCCAAGAAUACAGAGUAGAAGAUCUUCUAUCUGGGGCCAUAACACAACUUAUGAGGCUAACAUACGAGAAGAAGGAGGAGUUAGAAACGAAGAAUGUGCAGGCAUUGAGGCAGAUGCUCUUUAAUUACUUGAAAGAAAGGAGAUGCUUACUCGUAUUCGAUGAUGUAUGGAGAAGAGAAGAUUGGGAUACAUUAAAAGUGGCAUUUCUUGCUCAGGAUGAGGGGAAGCAACAGAGAGUUGUACUUACCACUCGUAAUGUGGAAGUAGCCAAACAUGCUGACCCAUUAACUGCUCCAUAUGAACUAAGACCUUUGGGUGAUCAGGAGAGUUUUAAACUCUUCUCUCAUAAGGUCUUCCAAUCCCACGUAGGAAGUGAGGAAAGAAGCUACUCAAAAAAAAUGGAAGAUCUUGGAAGGAAAUUGGUUGCCAAGUGCGGUGGAUUACCGCUAGCGAUUGUGGUAUUGGGAGGUCUCCUAUCAACAAAGGAGAAGACACCUAGCGUGUGGUCUAAAGUACUCCAAAGUGUGAAUUGGCAGCUUAAUCAAGGCCCACAACAAUGCAUGGACAUACUAGCUCUGAGUUAUACUGAUUUACCAUAUUACUUGCAAUCCUGUUUUCUCUAUGUUGGUCUUUUCCCAGAAGACCAUAAGAUCCAUUCUAAAAAAUUGAUUCGGUUAUGGGUUGCAGAGGACUUUAUACAACAGAGAGGGGAUGAAACUAUGGAAGAUGUUGCAGAGGAGUACCUAGAAGAGUUAACUGAGAGGAGCAUGAUCCAAGUAGCAAGUAGGAGAUCAGAUGGAGGUGUUGAAACAUGUCGUGUCCAUGAUCUCCUGCGGGACUUAGCAGUUUCAGAAGCCAAGAAAGAUAAGCUUCUUGAAAUCUAUGGGAGUAACUGUUCGAAUUCUCUAAACAGAUUCCGCCGGCUUGCAAUCCAUUCCAACAAUGGUACGCACCAUAUAUCGAGUUCCAGUCUAUACCAUCUUCAUUCCUUGUUGUGCUUCAGUAAAGGCCUCCACAAAAAGCUGUGGAAGGGUCUUUAUGUGGGGUUCAAUCUUCUUAGAGUAUUAGACAUUGAGGAUGUAAAACAUCUCAAUAGUUUACCCAAGGAAAUUGGAGGGCUCGUCCUUCUAAAGUACUUGAACCUGCGUGGAACCAAUGUAAGAAGAACUCCACAUUCAAUGGGAAACCUCUGCAAUCUACAAACUUUAGAUCUAUCGUACACUAGGAUCACACACAUACCCAAGGAAAUAUGGAGUAUGCAGCAACUAAGACAUCUUUAUUGCUUCUACAUUUGGUCUCCAUCAAGUUUAGUCAAAUGUGUAGCCAAUGUCGUCAAUGAGAUUGGUCUAAGUUGUUCUUGUCCUCCUAGAAUCGAUAAUCUGAGGGACCUCCAGACGUUAUGGUUACAUGCAGACAAUUGGAUAGAAGGUGGCCUUGACAAGUUGACGAAUCUGAGAGAACUCCGGAUACGUGGAGACUUGGCGUUGCAUACAAAGGCAUUAACCGACUCCAUUGUCAAAUUGAAAAAACUUCAAGUGUUGGACUUAUGGAACCAAAGCCAAAAUGCAAACCCUUUGCCUCUUGUUUCAUUUUCACAUCAUGUGCACCUCUACAAUAUGAACUUGCGUGGAUGCCUAGAGAAGAUACCUGACCCUAUGGAUUUUCCACCAUAUCUCACUGAGUUGCGAUUGUCUUGUUCGCAUCUAAAGCAAGAUGACCAACCAAUGGCAACACUAAAGAAGCUACCAAACUUGAAGAUUCUCAUAUUAGGAUGGAACAUAUUUGAAGGAAAGGAAAUGAUUUGUUCUGUAGGAGGUUUUGCUAAACUCCAAAUUUUGGAACUUAUAGGAUUAUAUAACUUGGAGGAUUUGAAGGUGGAACAAGGAGCCUUCCCCUGCCUUAAAGUUUUAACUAUCAGUUGGUGCAAGCAAUUAAAGAUGCUUUCAGAUGGGCUACCAUACAUCACUACCCUUCAAGAGCUCAACAUAGUCAACAUGCCGGAGGAAUUCAAUGCCAGGUUCCAAAAAGACAAGGGAAAGGAUUGGGAAAAGAUCAAGCACAUACCCUCUGUCACCAUUUCUAGUAAGCCUCCCCGUGAUUAAAUGGAAGAC